AUGCCUUCGGACGCUGAACCUGGCAAACUCGAGGAUGUACCUCGCCUCGUUGAGAUUUGGGAGGCAUGCUUCAACAGCGAAAUCCUGCAUGCCCUUUUCCCGCCCAAUGAGAUCGGGAGAACAUACCUUACCAGAGCCUGGAAUUGGUACAUGGAGGAGAACUCGCCGCCAAAAGUCUUUGUAAUCCGAGACGACGACGGGGUUGUUCAAUCUGGCAUUGUCAUAUAUGCACAGACUGGUGAACCCAUCAAGUGGCAGGACAGGUGGGCACCGCCGAUCAAGGGCAUGAAUGAGGAGAUUUUCCAGGCAUUCUGCGAGUCGCUCGAUUCUCAACAUCAUGCCAUCAUGGGCAACCAGCCGCAUUCCUUUGUUGAAACUCUGAUGACGCAUCCUUCCGCCCAACGUCAGGGCUUUGGAUCAAAGCUUCUGGAUCGGGCAGCUCGCGUUAACCCGGAACUACCCACAUACCUCGACUCUGAACCUGACGCCGUUGGAUUGUAUCAACGUGUUGGCUUCGUAAGGCAGCCAGAAGAGCUACAAAAGAACCCUGAUGCCAUCCCCUUGCUUCGGCCCGCGGUUGGCAAGUAA